GGAGGAGAUCGGAGCAGGAGGAAACUGGUAGAAGAGCAGAAGAUCGGGAUACGAGUAGGGGAGAAGAAAAGCAGGAGAUCGGAGCAGGAGGAAAGCAGGAGAGCAGCAGAUCGGGGAAGAAGGAGAUCAGCACCGUGCGCCGUGAUGUGGGAGCGCAUCUCGGAGGACUGAAGCGGACUCUCCAGAGAAGCGCCACGACGAGGAUGUAGUAAAGCAUCUGGGCAUCAGCUGCUGAUGAAGAAAACCAAAGGGAAUCGGGAGAGACUGAGGAGAGAGAAUGGCUGCACCUGAUCUUCUGGAUCCGAAAACAGCCGCGCACAACUCCAAGCCUCGUCUGUCCUUCUCCACCAAACCCAUCGUCUUGAACUCCGGGGAUGACUUUGACACCGUCACCACAGUCAUGAGGUGGAAGACUGUGUCAGCCAUCUUUCUGCUAGUGGUACUCUACCUGAUUAUUGGAGCUACGGUGUUCAAGGCACUGGAGCAGCCUCACGAGAGCUCCCAGAAGGAAGCCAUCCUCACCGAGAAGCUCCAGUUCCUUGCCCGCCAUGUCUGUGUGAACUCUUCAGAGCUGGACAACCUUGUUAGGCAAGUGGUAUCUGCAAUAAGGGCAGGUGUGAAUCCGUCAGGAACCCCGUCGAACCAGACCAGCCUCUGGGACCUGAGCAGCUCCUUCUUCUUCGCCGGAACCGUCAUCACCACAAUCGGAUUCGGGAACAUCUCCCCGCACACACAAGGGGGAAGGACAUUCUGCAUCAUCUACGCCUUACUGGGAAUCCCUCUCUUCGGCUUCCUGCUGGCUGGAGUCGGGGAUCAACUGGGAACCAUUUUUGGGAAAGGAAUAGUCAAAGUGGAGAAGAUAUUUGUUAAAUGGAAUGUGAGCCAAACCAAAAUCCGUGUGACGUCUACAGUGCUCUUCAUCCUCUUUGGGUGCCUGCUGUUUGUGACCAUCCCCGCCAUCAUAUUCAAACACAUCGAGGGCUGGAGUGCUCUCGAGUCCAUUUACUUUGUUGUCAUCACUUUGACCACAAUUGGAUUUGGGGAUUUCGUUGCAGGUGGGUCUGAAAUUGAGUACCAGGAUUAUUACAAGCCUCUUGUUUGGUUUUGGAUCCUGGUCGGCCUGGCAUACUUUGCCGCUGUGCUAAGCAUGAUAGGAGACUGGUUCCGGGUCAUAUCAAAGAAAACUAAAGAGGAGGUUGGGGAAAUCCGAGCACACGCAGCCGAGUGGACGGCCAACGUGUCCGCUGAGUUCAAGGAGACUCGGCGGCGUCUCAGCGUGGACAUCUACGAUAAGUUCCAGCGAGCUGCAUCCAUCAAGCGCAAGUUGUCAGCGGAGCUGGGCCUGAGCCCCACACAGGAGAUGACACCUGGCAAGAGGACCUUGUCUGUGAACUUUACCGAUGAGCGGGAGCGAGGAGACUUCCCUGCGCUCACCAAGAAUGGCAGCCUCUACCUGAAUGGCCUCAGUCCGGACUUUGCCGACCGUGGAGAGAUAGCGGUCAUCGAGCAUCUCAAAUGA